CUCCUCUCCUUCAGUCCCUCUCUUCUCAGUUUCGCCUUUAAACCCAAACUCAUUUUUGGUCAUUAUUAGGAGCCUCGCAUACGCCGUGGAAGCCGAGCUCGUAAAGCAGGCAUGCAGAGCUUUCGGCAAGAGUUUCCAUGACUUUGUAUUUUCGAGGCUGUUGAAGAAAACCAGCCCGCAUCCUCAGGAAUUUGAUCAAAACUGGGCAAAAAGAUCGAUCAGCUCGAGGCAUUGAAGGCUUAGCGAUGGAGCAGUCUCAGAGGUGGCAAUGCAUAUUCAUCCUAUUUGUUGCCGUUUGGUUUCCAUCACUCCCUGCUCAGACAACGACUUCUGUACGCCCGAGUCCCACACCAACACCCCAAUCCCCUGAACAUCUGAAGUUUCGCCUGGCUGGUCACCCUCGCAAACACAAUGAGGGUCGAAUUGAAGUGUUCUAUAAGGGCGAGUGGGGAACCAUCUGUGAUGAUGACUUCUCACUGGCCAAUGCCCAUGUGCUCUGUCGCCAGCUUGGGUUUGUCUCUGCCACUGGCUGGGCACACAGUGCUAAAUACGGCAAAGGCACAGGUAAGAUCUGGUUAGAUAACGUGCAGUGUAGUGGCAGUGAGAGGAGUAUAUCAGUGUGUAAGUCACGUGGAUGGGGCAGCAGUGACUGCACUCAUGAUGAAGAUGCUGGGGUGAUCUGCAAGGACGAAAGAUUGCCAGGCUUCGUGGACUCCAACAUUAUAGAGGUGCAGGUAGAUGAGAGGAGAGUGGAGGAGGUGCGUCUGCGGCCGGUGGUCGCCGUGGCCAGCAAGAGGGUACCUGUGACUGAGGGGGUGGUGGAGGUGAGGUACAAGGACAGCUGGGUUCAGGUCUGCGAUAAUGGCUGGACCCCCAAAAACUCUCGGGUUGUCUGUGGCAUGAUGGGAUUCCCCCACGAGAGGAAAGUUAACAAGAACUUUUACAAGCUGUAUGCAGAGCGACAGAAGAAUUACUUUCUGGUUCACUCUGUGGCAUGUCUAGGCACAGAGGUGCACCUGGCUGCCUGUCCUUUGGAGUUUAAUCAGGCCAAUGCCACAGAGACAUGUCCAGGAGGGAUGCCUGCUGCAGUCAGCUGUGUGCCUGGACCGGAUUACGCCCAAAACCGGGCAUUGAAGAAAAAACUCAAGGCCUUGAGAACAGUGCGUCUGAAGGGUGGAGCGAGGCCGGGAGAAGGCCGUGUGGAGGUGCUGAAGGGAACAGAAUGGGGGACGGUGUGUGAUGACCGCUGGAACCUGCAGGCUGCCAGUGUCGUGUGCAGAGAGCUGGGCUAUGGCUCUGCUAAACUGGCUCUCACUGGAGCCCGCAUGGGACAAGGCAUUGGGCCGAUCCAUAUGAAUGAUGUCCAGUGCACAGGCCAGGAGCGAUCUUUGUGGAAUUGUCGCUUUAAGAACAUCACUGCUGAGGACUGCAAGCACACAGAGGACGCUGCAGUGCGCUGUAAUGUCCCAUACAUGGGCUUUGAGAAAACGGUGCGUAUCACAGGGGGUCGUUCUCGCUUCGAGGGCCGCGUGGAAGUGUUGCGAUCUGGGGCUAACGGAACCCAGAACUGGGGCCUGAUCUGCGGAGAAGGCUGGGGCACCAAAGAGGCCAUGGUGGUGUGCAAACAGCUGGGUCUCGGAUACGCCAACCACGGCCUGCAAGUGCGGCUGGUGGGCGGGCGGUCGGAGUACGAGGGGCGAGUGGAGGUUCGGGUGGGUCAGCGUUGGGGGAGUGUGUGCAGUGAGGGUUGGACUACCAAAGAGGCUAUGGUGGCCUGCAGACAGCUAGGGAUGGGUUUCAGCAUGCAUGCUAUUACUGAAACAUGGUACUGGGAUGGCAGUAAUGUGACGAACAUGGUGAUGAGCGGAGUGAAGUGUACAGGAGAUGAACUGUCACUCAGCCAGUGCCAGCAGCACAAAACCGUCAGCUGCCCCAAAACAGGCGCUCGAUUUGCUGCAGGGGUCAUCUGCUCUGAGACUGCCUCUGAUUUGGUGCUGAAUGCUCCUCUGGUGCAGCAGACAGUAUAUAUAGAGGACCGGCCACUGCACAUGCUGUACUGUGCUGCAGAGGAAGACUGUCUGUCUUCAACUGCUGCCAACGCCAACUGGCCCUACGGUCACCGCCGCCUACUCCGCUUCUCGUCUGAGAUCCACAACAUCGGCCGGGCUGAUUUCAGACCUAAAGCUGGACGCCACUCCUGGGUCUGGCACGCAUGCCAUGGGCACUAUCACAGUAUGGAUAUCUUCACCCACUAUGACCUGCUGUCUAUCAAUGGCACCAAGGUGGCAGAGGGACACAAAGCCAGCUUCUGUUUGGAGGACAGUGACUGUCAUGAGGGUGUUUCUAAGCGAUAUGAAUGUGCUAAUUUCGGAGAGCAGGGCAUCACCGUGGGAUGCUGGGAUUCAUACAGGCAUGACAUUGACUGCCAGUGGAUCGACAUCACAGAUGUCAAACCAGGAAAUUACAUUCUACAGGUUGUGAUAAAUCCUAAUUAUGAGGUAUCUGAGAGUGACUUCACAAACAACGCCAUGAAAUGUAACUGCAAAUAUGAUGGUCACAGGAUCUGGCUUCACAAUUGUCAUAUUGGUGAUGCAUUCAGCGAGGAGGCAGAGAGGAAGUUUGAGAAAUACCCCGGACAGCUCAACAACCAAAUCUCCUAAUCCAUGUCACCAGAUCCCACAUGUUUUACACAUUAAUCCAGACAAAUUAUAUGCAGUGUAUUGUAUUGGUCACACAUCUGCCUUCAUCCAAACACAUAAUCAAGCUACCAUAUAUGUACCUCACAUCACCUGGCAGGAACCAAUAAUCUUCUGUAAAGACUGAGAGCAGAUAGGUAAAACAUGGGCAUUAGUUUUCUGGAUGAGGAGUGGUCUGAACAUCACCCAGUCCUUCUAGGUGUUUAACACUUAGUGUGAAAAAAGGCCUCGUUAUGUCCAGUGGCAUAGGCUUAACUGUAUGUUUAUGGUGCUAUGCAUUGCCUGUCAAAAAGAAAUUUAUUUAUAUAACUUGAAAGAUCUUUUUGAUUUAUCACAGAAAAUGUGUUGCUGCAAACGUUGCCUUCCGUUUAAGUAAUACUUUCAUUACAUGGGACAAAAUCAGCUAAAAUGCCAUCACAUUGCAUGAAUGUUUUCCAUGCAUCAGAGCAUUACAAUGAACAUCAUUUCACCAAAUGUUUCCCACAGUGUCUAUGAUGACAGACAUUCUUAAAUGAGUGAAUGUUACCUUUUCUUCCUUUUACCAGGUUUUAUCAAUGUUUUCAGGGCUUUUUUAAGACUAAGCUUCAACUGCUCUUCACCAGGUAGUGUAAAAUAAAUGCGAGAUAUCACAUUUUUCAUGAAAACUACAAAAAAAUUAUUUAUAGUUCAAACUUUUAAGAACCACAUAUGAUUAACAGCCAAAAAACAUUUUUAUUUUGCAAUUACUAUCAUACCAAAAUAAACUACUUUUUAAGUUA